AUGGGCGGUGUUGACCAGCAAGUUCGAAUAAUAAUUCUUGAAGAUGGCCAACAUCAGGAGAGCAUUAUAAGGAAGGUUGAAAAAGGCUGGAUUGUACGCUUCAAACGCGGUUCCUCGUUACUGGGAAAGAAUGUCGAAGUUCGGACCACAUUCGACCCAACAAAUCCGCUCCAAUGGUCUAGUGGAAAUGAUCAUCUUUCGGUGUUUUGUGACGUCGUUUGCGCAACAGCGGGCUCAUUCCGUUAUCAUUUCAACGUUGAUGGAAGGCAGGAAACUAACAAAGCUGGAAGUGGAUAUAUUCUAGUGAUGCCAGAAUUAAAGAUUAAUGGAAAACCUCAGCCGCUUGAUGGAAUUACUUGUCAAACUUACAUUACCAAGCUGCUAGGGCAAUUGUCUGAGUGGAAGUCUCGUCUUCAAGUCGCAAAAGAGAGCGGUUAUAACAUGAUCCAUCUGACUCCAAUUCAUGAGCUCGGAAUUUCGAACAGCAGUUACUCGAUUAGCAAUCACCAUGACCUUAUUAAAACAAUCCACUCAUCCACCAAACAAGCAACUUUCCAAGAUGUUCACAACCUUGUCAAGGAAAUUGAGAAAGAAUGGAACAUGUUGACAGUUCAAGAUGUCGUCUGGAAUCACGCCGCCAAAAAUUCAAAAUGGCUUUUGGAGAACCCCGACUCAAGCUACAACUGCCACAACAGUCCGCAUUUGCGGCCCGCCUAUGUCAUUGAUCGCAUUUAUCACCAUUUCGGCAAACAAGUCGGCGAAGGUGUCUGGACGCAUCGCGGAAUUCCGCCGGUUGUCGACAACAUCCAUCAUUUGAAUACAAUUGAAUAUAUUCUGAGAUCGGAAGUCCUCCCAAAAGCCAAAUUGCACGAAUUCUUCCAAGUUGACGUAAAUGCGGUCGUCGCGAAAUUCGAGAAAUUGAUCAGAGAGGCGAACGGGCCUACACAAGAGCCUCUUGACGAAUUCUUGGAGAUUCUGCAGGAUCCCGAAUGGAGACGAUUUGGAUCGGAAAUUGAUUACCAAAAAGCUUUGCGGAUUUUCAACAAACCGCGUGGAGACGCUUCUGACGAGGAGGAUCGUAUCCGGAAAUGCAUUGGAUCACUCCGCGGACAUCUUGAACACGCCAACUUGAAACAAGGCGAAUUUUCGUGGGGAAUUAUAAUGGAUGGAUUGAAUGCCGUCAUCGGCCAUAUAUCAUAUGAACGAGUUGCUGGGCAUGGUCCGAGAAAGGGAUUGGUCUCUCCGGACAGUACUUUGACCACUGACUACUUCCUUCACAUUGAACCGGACACGACUUGGGAUGAUGAGGAGAAACUUGCUUAUGAUCCAGAAAAAUCCAAAUAUCUGAUGGCAUUCAAUGGUUGGGUGAUGUCGAGCAAUCCAUUAGAGAAUUUUGCACUUAAAACCUCACAAGUUUAUCUCCGACGACAACUCGUUUGCUGGGGAGAUUCGGUCAAAUUGAACUACGGCGAGAAGGAAGAGGACAGCCCAUUCUUAUGGAAGUACAUGAAGGAAUAUACUGAGCAAAUGGCUGGCAUUUUCCAUGGCCUUCGCAUUGACAAUGCCCACGGAACUCCAAUUCAUGUCGCUGAAAAACUAUUGAAAUGUGCGAGAGCCGUCCGUCCCGAUAUUUAUGUGUUCGCCGAAUUAUUCACAGGUAGCGAACAUCUCGACAAUAUGUUUGUCAAUCGUCUUGGAAUCUCAUCGCUGAUCCGAGAAGCUCAAGCGGCUCAUGACAGUCAUGAACAAGGAAGAUUGGUGUACAGAUAUGGCGGGGAUUGUGUUGGAGCCCUCCUCCAAAAGAAUGUGCGAUUGGCUCCAUGUUCGAUCGCUCAUGGCCUUUUCCUUGACCAAUCUCAUGAUAAUCCGUCGCCUAUCAAGGCCCGAAGUGCUCUUGACCUUCUUCCAACUGCCGCAAUGCUCACGAUGGCUUCGUGCUCAAUUGGAUCUACUCGUGGUUAUGAUGAGCUUCUCAGAGAUCAUGUGCACGUUGUAGACGAGAAACGACCAUACGCGAGCUGGUCGAACCCCAAACACGUGUGUCCGCUUAAAGGAAUCAUUCGUGGGCGAAAAGUGCUCAACGAUUUGCAUGCUUAUAUGGCCGAGCAUGGCUAUAAUCAAGUGUUCGUUGAUCAAAUGGACGCUGAUAUCGUCGGAAUCACUCGUCACAAUCCGAUAAGCCAUGAGACGAUCGUUGUCGUCUCACAUACCGCCUUCUCAAAACACUAUGUACCAAGAAAAUAUGGAUUAAAGCAUAUUCCGAUUGGUGGAAUUCUCGAACGCGCGCUAUUCGAGAUGAAGGUGAUCGAAACGAGUCCCGAAUGGGAGCCCGAGAAUAAGGAAUGUCUUGUGGGAUUGUCGAACUAUCUUCUCGGAUUGAAUGAGGAAGUUGAUAUUGAGGAAGCAAGCAUGUUUAGGCUUCAUGGUGGACCCGAAGGCUAUAUUGAGUUGACUGAUUUCCCAUCUGGAGCAGUUGUUGGAUUUAAAAUCCGACCAUCUGAUAGUGCCGCUGAAGCUUUCAAAGUCAUUCAAAAUCUAGUCUCCGAUUCGAGCCCAAUCUCAACUGAUAUUGAUUCGGCGCUGAACCGCAUCACCCUUCAGAACUUCAACCAUCUGCUCUUCUCAUGCGAAUCCGAAGAAUGGGCCACGAUCAAUCAAGGCGGCUAUGAGGUGCCGAAUUUUGGGAAAUUCGUCUAUUGCGGUCUGCAAGGUUUGAUACCGGUUCUCGACGAGAUUCGCCACAACAACGAUCUCGGUCAUCCGCUUUGCCAGAAUUUGCGAGAUGGCACCUGGUUGUGCGACUACAUUGUCGGUCGUCUUCGACAAUUCCGAGGUCUCGAUGAGAUUGCGAACAUUUUUGACGAUGUACUUAAACCUCUUGGCAAUGUGCCAUAUUACCUCCGACCGUGCUACUUUGAAGCGAUCAUCUCAUAUUUGUACAGAAAGUCAAGAGCAGCAUUGUUGAAGAAACUGUCAUCAGACGUUGUCAACUCAUCCUCACUGUACCGCUGGCUGUCGGUCUCCACCGUGUCGUUCGUUGGAUGUGUUCCGGGAGCUGUACUAGCCCCAUUGCCGUCGAGUUUGCCGUUGGAAGAUGAGAAGCCAUCAAGUCUUUCCGCCGGCCUUCCACACUUUUCAGUUGGGAUUUGGAGGAAUUGGGGAAGGGACACAUUCAUCGCAUUGCCAGGUUGUCUCCUGCUAACUGGAAGAUAUCAAGAUGCCAAGAAUAUCAUUCUAUCGUUCGGAGGCUCGAUGAGGCAUGGGCUCAUUCCGAAUCUUCUCGCUGAAGGAAUCGGCGCCAGAUACAAUUGCCGCGAUGCUGUAUGGUUCUGGCUGCACUCGAUUGUCAAGUAUGUCGAACUCGCGCCGAAUGGAGAGCAGAUACUGCGAGAGAAUGUGCUCAGAAUUUAUCCGAAUGACGACACCAUUUAUGGGGAGGAUCAAGUGGAGCAACCAUUGAUUGAGACCAUCUAUGAAGCCCUUAAUCGACACUUUGAUGGAAUCUCGUAUCGCGAGCGUAAUGCUGGCCAUAGCAUCGAUGAGCAGAUGAGGUAUGAAGGAUUUGAUGUGAAUGUUGGCGUCGAUCGAGACACCGGAUUCAUCUACGGCGGCAAUCAAUGGAAUUGUGGAACGUGGAUGGACAAAAUGGGAUCGAGCGAGAAGGCGGGAAACAAGGGAGAGCCGGCGACACCGCGCGACGGAGCCGCCGUCGAGAUUCAGGCGUUGGCUUUUGAGACGCUCGUCGCACUUGGCUCGUGGCACGAGCAAGGCCUCAUCUCGGCGGAGUCGGUCAAUUCGGAUGGCUCGUGGACGUGGAAGGCGUGGGCGCAAAAGAUAAAAGACAAUUUUGAGUCGAAGUUCUAUAUCGACGAGAAUUGUCAGGAUCAGUUUGUGAAUCGCCGUCGGAUUGUUAAGGACACGGUAGGAAGUACGCACAAGUACACCGAUUACCAGUUGAGAUGCAAUUUCGCCAUCGCGUUGGCUACGGCACCUGAUCUUCUCGAUGCCGAAAAAGCGUGGAACGCUUUGGACACCGCUGAAGUCCUUUUAGGACCAUUGGGAAUCAAGACAUUGGAUCCAAGUGAUUGGGCUUACAAUGGAUUCUAUAAUAAUGACGACGAUAGUUGCGAUAAGAAGAUUGCCAAAGGCUGGAACUAUCAUCAGGGGCCGGAAUGGCUUUGGGUGGCGGCUUACUAUUUGAACGCCCGUUUGACGGUUGGUCAGCGUCUCGGAGGAGACCGUCUGAAGUAUGCGAUGAAGCAAGUACAGUCGCGCCUUGGAGCCUGCUAUCAGCACAUUAUGAACAGCCCGUGGAGAUCGCUGCCGGAACUGACGAAUGAGAAUGGGGCGGCAUGUCAUGGAAGUUGUGAAGCUCAAGCUUGGAGUGUUGGAUGUCUCAUCGAAGUCUGCGCGAAAUUGAACCAAAUUUAA